CCAAAAAAAAUAUACAGCGAAAUGCGUGGCAAAGGUCUCCGCCCCAUCUGACGCAAUGCCAGCCAAUGGACGGAUGCAAGUGUCAGACGAUGACCAAUCAGCUCACAGGACCGGCCUUGUGGGUCCUCCCGGUUGUCCUUAGAGCCCAAUGAGGAGGCGGGCGCUGUGGUCGCGGCGUGGGCGGAAUCCCCUCGGUCAAUGUAGCAAUCUGAGGGAGGUGCUUGAGCGAGACCUGGCCACUGGACUUCGCGGCGUCUGGGGCGCAUUUCCCGACCCACUGCGAGGUGUUGAUCUGCAACAAGAGCAGGAGAAGGAGAUCAGCCCCUAAUCAUUCCCUUUUGCCCCUGUUGCCACCGUGCCGUGCGGAGUAGGGGCGCUAGCGUGGCUGAUCGCCUUUUUCCCCCCCCUGCGAAACCUGUUCUGUAGGGGGAGUGAUUCUGUGACUGCUUCGCCCGGUUAUUGGAUAGCAAGCUGUAUUAAACGCCAAAAGCCCCGGCGCGUCAUUUUCUUACUACUGCGAAGCUGGAGUGAACGAACGGGGAAAAGGGGGCUCAUAAAAAUAAAAAAGAGAGAGCUACAAUACCAUAAGUAAGAAUUAUAAAAAGGACUGUCUGGUGGGGAACUGGAAGGCAAAGGGAAGGAAGAGCACUGGGGCUGCGCGGCUGAUUUCGUCUGGAAUUCUGCCGCUUUAUAAAUGAUUCAUGCGACCUGAUUUUUUAAGAGAGUAAUUGUGCUCGCAGUGGGAUAUUAUCAGUUGCGCGUGUGUGUGUGUAGCGGGGGUACAAAUCGCCCGAAAAGACGAGUCUUUUUUUUUUUGUUAGACGUGGGAAAUUGGAAUCAGCCCCCUGUUUUUGAGGGGCGGGGAGGGGGUGAUAAAAAAAACUCCAUCGAUUUCCCCCUUUUCAGAUUUUGGUCGAAUUUCGUCUGUCUGUGAUUAUUGCUUAGCCCUGCUGUCAUAGCGAUCAUCUGUUGCUGCACGGCUUGAUUAGGAGAAGAAAAAAAAAGCCCUCCCUACUCUGAUGCAGCCCUGGAUUCGUGUCUCCAGUUGGGCAUAACUGAGAGAUGGAUUGGCUGUACACAGCCUUUUAAUUUUUCCUCUUUUCCCCCCUAUUGUGGAUCGCUCAGGCUAAUGGAAACGGGAGAAAGACUAUUAUUGCUUUUGUUGCUACUAUUAUCCUUGCACGCUCGGUUCUGAUAUUGCGGGCUGGUCGCACAGAAUGGUCUGUUCACACAGCUACCGGCUUUUCUGAGACAGUCUUCGCCGGCUUCUUGAUCGCGACAGACUCGCAGCAGCUCCUGACGGGGAUCGGACACCCCUUUUGUUUUGUCAUCAACAUUUAGAAAGGGACGCAAAGACCACACUCGGAUUCAUUUCGUGUCCACUUUCGCAGCCGGGUCCCGGACGCAUCGGGAUAAAUGCUUAUGAUGGAGGAGGACAACGAACUGGAAGCGCAUCAGGUUGAAAUCGAUUCGGAUUUCCAGCCCCAGAGCCGGCCGCGCUCAUGCACCUGGCCGCUGCCGUGCCCAGAAGACUUCCCCGGAGGGGAGGAGGAAAAUGGAGCUUUCCCCGCGUCUUCCGUGAAGCAGGAGCCGGACAACGUGGCUGCCUGCAGGGCUGAGAGAAGCGGCGGCGCCCCGGCGGAGCACAAACACCCAGCCGGCGCCCCGGCACCCUCGGCCGCUGCGCUCCCUUGCCUGGCGGGGGCUGCGCUCGAUGUAGCCGGUCAGCUGCGCAAGGCGAAGUCCUCCAGGCGAAACGCGUGGGGUAACCAGUCCUACGCGGACCUCAUCACCAGGGCCAUUGAAAGCACCCCGGAAAAGAGACUUACACUGUCACAGAUAUACGACUGGAUGGUCCGAUAUGUACCUUAUUUCAAAGAUAAAGGCGACAGUAACAGCUCGGCGGGCUGGAAGAACUCCAUCCGGCACAACCUGUCUCUGCACACGCGCUUCAUCCGGGUGCAGAACGAGGGCACAGGGAAGAGCUCCUGGUGGAUGCUGAACCCUGAGGGUGGCAAAGCGGGCAAGGCGCCACGUCGGCGGGCGGUGUCGAUGGACAACAGCGCCAAGUACCUGAAGAGCAAGGGCCGGGCCAGCAAGAAGAAGACGUCGGCGGGGGGCGGGCUGGCGGCGGCGCUGCGCAGCUCCCCGGAGCGGGGCAGCCCGGGGGAGAAGGGGCCCGGGGGCGGGGCGGAGGAGUUCGACGCCUGGACUGACAUCCGGUCCCGGGCCAGCUCCUCGGCCUCCACGAUGAGCGGGAGGCUGUCGCCGAUACUGGCCGAAGGGGAGCUGGAGGAGCCGGAGGAAGGGCUGUCCUGCUCCACCUCGCCCCGCCUCUACCCCAGCCCCUCCAGUGCCCGUUCCCCUGCCCUGGGCACCGGCAGCCACUGCCCCCCGGUGGAGCUGCCGCAGCUGGCUGAUCUCACUGGGGCCAUCAGCCUAGAGGAGAGGCUGAUGGAGGAGAGGUAUCCCCCUCAACCACGGCAUAAGCGUCCCGCCUUCCCCUAUGCCCCCCCCAAGGCCCAGGGCUCCUACUGUGGCUCUGUCUACAGCCCCCCGUCCCUGGCCAUGCUUCGCCACCACUCACCCAUGCAAACCAUCCAGGAGAACAAGCCUGCCAGCUUCCAGGGGGGUAUGAGGUCAUACUCCAGCUCUAACGCCCUGCAGGAUCUGCUCACUGGUGGCUCCCAGUAUUGCCCCAGGAUGGGACAGGAUGGUGAUUCUCUGAUGGCUCCCACCAGCACUGGCGUGGGCUCGCAAAGUCACAGCCAGAAUCACAACCACAAUCACAGCCGUACUCAUUCCCACGGCCACUCCCAGCCCCAGUCCCACUCCCCCAGGGUCAACAGCGGACUCCUCCAGCCCUACAGCCUCAAGGCCCCUGAUCUGUACAGCCCCCCUGCUCAUGCCCAUCUCCCUGCCUCCACUGCCUUGCCCCCCAACCCUGCCGGCAUGCUGGGGAUGCCCCAGGACUCCUGCCACCUGGCCACGGCCCCCCACCCCCGCCACCCACCCUACACUGGCCACCACCAAGGCCUGGCCAACUCCCCUCAUGGGCACUACCACCACACGCAGAGCAGCAUCUACCACCACCACCACCACCACCACCGCCAAUACCACCACCACCCCCACGAUCGGCUGCCAGCGGAUCUGGACUUGGACAUCUUCCACGGCAGCCUGGACUGUGACGUGGAGUCCAUCCUCCUCAACGACUUCAUGGACUCCGAGGAGAUGGACUUCAAUUUCGACUGUGCGGUGUCGCAGGGGAUGGGCAUGGGCAUGGGCAUGGGCAGCCUCACCGGCCCUCCCCAGGCACACAACAAUCAGAGCUGGGUGCCAGGCUGAGGCACACGGAGACCUGGCAGAGACCUUCCCCCGCAAGGCCACCUGGCUGGCACUGGAUGGCUCCCAGCAGCGCGAAGGACCCUGAACUGGUGCGUCCAGUGCACCAGCUGGCUGUGACUCCUCCCUAGCAGAAAUACAAACGUGCUCUAAAGGCUCUCGUGUUGUGCCCCCUCCCCCCCUCCUCCUGUUUCAUGGCAGAAAAAAAAAACCCUUGAGUGAAAAUGUACCGCUGAACUUCAUCAAAA